AUGGGCCGAUGUCAUCAUUAGCAGCGAACAUUUUUGUUCAAUGUCUUACCGUGAUUCACACAAAAUGGUUCAAAUGCGUUACCACUACCUAUUCCUUGUCAUAAUCGCCAUCUCUGGCAUCAAGCUCGCAGUCACUGAGGACACGGUUCAUACUAUAUCCUCAACGGCUGAAGGGUCGGACAAGAGUGCCAAUGGUCCAGUCACCGCCGCAAUUGAAAACCUCGCCAUCAACGUCGCCUCCAUUGCCGAUGAGAUCGCACUACAAGUGAACCAAAAGCUGGAACGUACAGCUAAUGUUCUAUACGGUAGCAUCGAAACGCUUAUCACCAACGGCCUGGAGCAGCUGGCGCUGCCGAUUUUUCAAGCCAGUCGUAAGCUAAGUCAUGAAAACUGCAAUGCUACGCUGUCUGUAGUGGAUCUACGUGCGAGCAUCGAUUCGCAACUCAGCAAUUGCACCGAAGACAUCAACGCUGUGUUGCAAACUUACAAAUUCCAUGCGGAAGAAAGCAUUUCGACAAUAGAAAAUUUAAUCGAUGAGGUUAUCAAUUUGCCAAAAGCAUGUCAAGUUUUGUUGGCGCGUUCCGCUUCGACUAAAGAUGCGCCUCACAACUUUGCCUCGGCUACAACUUGUUUUGUCGAGCGGAUGACUGUUUGGAAUGAACAAAUUUCAAAGGAGCUGGAUGGUGUUGGUCAGCUAUUGUCACGUACUCGUCAAAUCUCUCAAGAGAGCGAAGCGCAAGCACUCUUAUGUAUUGGGGAACUAGUGAAUGAGGUUGGAAAACUUAUCGAUGAAGAGUUAAGUAAUUGUUAGAGUGAUAAAUGGUUUGAAAAAAAAAAUCUUAAGUCUUUUAACAAUAAAUGAUUCAGUAUUUUCAUUUCAUCUAAUAUUGAUGAGCUGUGGGUAAGCUGAAAAAUACUUGCUAUAA